AUGGCGGUCGAUGUCGAGAGGGAAGUCACUCUGAUCUUUAUAAACACUUCUGUACAGAUUGCAGCGACGACGAUCCUGUACUGCGAUUAUUUCGAAACCAUCGAGAGAGAGGUUGCGUUAAUCUGGCAAACCAAACUCAGCGUCGGGAAGGUUCUCUUCCUGACAACACGGUACUGCUCGUACAGCGGGAUCAGCAUCGCACUGUAUCUUGACCGAGGAAUGAAGGUGCCAUUAUCCCGCUGUGAAGCACUCUAUCAUGUUUAUCUCGCGUUCAGUAUCGCUUCCUCAGAAGGGAUUCUGGCGAUGACGGUACAUGCCUUGCUUAGUGGAGGACAGAGAAGGCGAGUUGUGCGAGUUGCACGAGUUGCGUUGUUGGUCUUCAUUUCGACGUGCAUCACGACGGCUCUGGUCUUGGUUAACAUCUACGUCGCAAAAGGGUUUAAAACAAUCCCACCGACUUGGUGGGAGCCACGGUGUAGGUGGCAAGAUACGCAUUCCAUCUAUCUAUAUGCCUGCUACUACAUCCUGUUCAUACUCGAGUUUUUUCUUGCGACGACGGCACUCACUCUUGGACUGCGGAAAUAUCGUCGGUCGAGGUCACCGCUGUUGACUGUAAUCUACAGAGACGGCGGAGCGUACUAUCUAAUCUUGAUGGCGCUCACAGCGGCGAACAUUCUUUUCACAAAACUAAUUGAUGGGGUCUUUCUUAGCGAGUGA